AAAUGCAAGAAAUUAAACAUGGCGACUCGCGGCUAGGCCGGUUGGCAAUUUUUGGGGAUCGUCAUCGGUCCAGAAUUUCUCUUCAGUUGUCUUUGUUGUUAAUUUAACUCCAAAAUGUCGGACUCCGACGAAUGUUCGGAGACUAUCGAUGAACUCCGGGUGGAAAUUGAGCGUCUAAAGGACGAAUUAAACCUCGCGAGUCGGGAGAAAAUCCAAGCGGCCGAAUAUGGCUUGGUCGUGUUGGAGGAGAAACAGGCGUUGAAACAGCAGUUCGAGGAACUUGAAGUGCUGUAUGACACCAGCAAGACGGAACUUCAGCUGGCAAAAGAGGCGUUGGAUCAGCACCAACUCCACCAGAAGAAGCACACCAUCCAGGAAGUCCAUCGGGAAGAGAACCUCCUCAAGGAGACGGCCACGCGAGAAGCUGACCUCGUUGAGCGCAUCACGGAGCUAGAGUCCGAGACCAAGAACUACCGUCAGGAGCUGACCCACACCAAGAUUGAGAAUGAGAGGCUGCACGCCCGGCACGUAGAGCUGGUGGUCCAGAAUGAGAAGCUGGACGCACUCCGGAAGACGCUCAAGGAUGAGGCCCGGGACAUCAAGUUCCGGGAGACCAGGCUCCUGCAGGACUACAGCGAGCUGGAAGAGGAGAAUAUCGCUAUGCAAAAGCAGAUGUCAAUGUUGAAGUCGUCAGUGGUUGAGUACGAAGCCAUGAAGCACGAGAACCGUCGUCUGACUGAGGAGACUCAGUAUCUGAACACACACAUUGAGGACCUGAUCCGUCUCAGAGAGAUUGCCGACAAGCAGAUCGAGGAGACACUCCAAGCCCUGGAAGCCGAGCGGGAACAGAAGCACUACCUCAAGAAGCAGCUGGAUCAGGCCAUGAUCAUGGAGAUGGAAGCCUUCAACAAUGACCUCAUGAACAGCUCGGGACUCUUAGCUGAUGACGACGACUCAGACACGGAGUCUCAGUCGCCAGAUCAUCCCAUCCUGCGCAGGAUGGAGUACGAAUUCCAGUCCGCCAAUGGCACAAACGGCCUGCACCAACCUGGCCAGUCAGCAUGCACAGGGUCCGAUCUCUUCAGCGAAAUGCAGUUCACGGAGGUCCAGAAACUGGAGGAACAGCUGGCCCAGCUCCAGACCGAGAAAACUCAACUCUCACAAAAUCUAGAACAGACCAUGGGGGCCCUGAAUUGCCUCCCGGAUGAUCUGAAUAUCUCUGGGACAGACAGUGAAGGGGAGCCACUGCCUGAAGAUUUGAACAUCCACCAUCGCAAGCUGCUGAAUCUCAUACGGCUUGUGAAGCACCACGAGAAGAAGUACGCCUCAGCGAUGUCUCAAAUUGCGGCCUUGAGUGCUAAAGUGGACAGUCAACAAGACAAACUGAAUGAGGAGAGCAAGAAGGUAGACCUGCAAUCAGAGGUAGAUCUCAUGAAUGACAGGAACAGGCAUCAAGAGAUGACCAUCCGGAGUCUACAGUCGCAGAUGAGGCAGAUGAACGACUUCAUUGUGGAAUCACAGGGUCACUUAAAUUGUACACAGGAUGAACUGAUCAAUGUCAGUGAGGACUUGGCCCAACUUUACCACCAUGUGUGUGUGGUGAACGGCGAGACACCCAACCGAGUCAUCCUAGACCACCUCAAGGCAACAAGGCAGAGCAGAAGGGAGAGCUUCCGGGCAGAAAUUGCCAGCAGGUUGAAAGAGGUGUCGUUUGAUUCGGAUGCAAGCAGAGAGAAAUUGAACGCUGGUGACACUGAUGGGAACAUUAGCACGGAUGAGAGCUCCUCGCCCGCUUCUAGUGUCAAAUCAUCCACCCCCAUCUCGAGCCCAGCCAGGCGGAUAGAUGCCUCCCCAAGAAAGGUUAGCAGUGACCCCAUCACUUGCAACAAUCUGUUGACUACGAUUCGGGAUCAGAUCAAGUAUCUAAAACGGUCUGUGGAGCAUGCCGUUGAAAUGUCGCGGCAGCGCAGCAACGAGACCGCUGGAUCGACCGAACAUGAAGACUUGCGCGAAGAGGUCAUGAAACACAAAGCCCUCCUGGCCACCAAACGAGAACAGGUUGUGACGCUCAGGACUGUCCUCAAGGCCAAUAAGACAACGGCCGAGGUUGCGCUCGCCAACCUCAAGAGCAAAUACGAGAACGAGAAGAUCAUCAUCGCCGAGACGAUGAUCAAAUUGAGGAAUGAACUGAAGGCUCUCAAGGAGGACGCAGCCACGUUCGCGAGCCUCCGCGCCAUGUUUGCCACGAGGUGCGACGAGUACGUGACCCAGCUGGAUGAGAUGCAGCGGCAGAUAUCCAGCGCCGAGGAAGAGAAGAAGACGCUGAACUCCCUGCUCCGCAUGGCCAUCCAGCAGAAGCUGGCCCUCACCCAACGCCUGGAGGAUCUGGAAUGUCACACAGAGCUCCAGCAGAUCCACCCUCGCAAGCCGGCUCCCAGGCGCCACAAACCCUCCAAAGUAAGCGAACCAGUCUACCUGCAGGGCUAUGGCCCACCUUUUGGGCUGUUUCCAAUGCCGUUAGCACCCCGAUUUCCUCAGCAAGUUGUCUUUCCCCGACCUCCUCACCCUGGGCCCUCUCAUUCCCCACACCCCCCUCUCCCUCCCUCUACCCCUCCUCUACUCCCUGGCAUGAUGCCACAUCCACACCUUCCUCAUUUCCAUCACACUGGUCCCCGCUAGUUUUAAAAAGAACUUCUUACUUUCCGUUCAGUCAAUCUAUUCCUUCCAAGUUCCAGUCUCUCAUAAAGUUUAAUUUUGCCACUCUUUAAAAAAAAACACUCCUAAUAGAUCACCUUAACCACUAGCCUAACAACGUUUCCAAAUGCUCAGGAAACACUAAUAUCCUGUUCAACUGGAUGGGAAAGAAAAACUAGAAUUAUAUCUUGCUACAAAGGUUUUGAAAGAGUUACCAUGAAACUCAAACAUCUGACGUGAAUCUUCCCACAUCUGAUUGUAUUGAGCUUGAAUAUGACUAAGUCAAAAACAUGUGACAACCCACUGAGGAAACACUAAGAAAAUAGAAGAAAAUCAAAAACCACCAAAAAGGCUGUUGUAAAUGUAUUUGUGCAUGGAAUCCAGAAUUCCUCCCUGACCAGAACCCCACAAUGACAUAUCGUCGGUAUUUAUGUUGCAUUUAUUAUGCCGUGUUGAUUCUAACACCUGACGAAGUCAAGGCUAGGUCGGCCAAUUCAAUUCAAACAAACAGUAGCAAGUUUGACAAUUCAUUCAGCACAACCUACUAACCCUAACCAACAAUACCUGUAGUAUAGUACGCACUGACGUUGUAUUAUAUGAUGCUACUUUGAAUGCAUUCCUUUCUCAUAAUACUAGGGUGCGUUGCACUUACAAAAAAAUGUACUCAAUGCAAAAUUUGCCAGAUGUUCAAAACAAAACUAUUUUGCAAACAUUGGCAAGGUUUGUGUGAGUGGAACGCAUCCUUGAUUUUCCUUUCCGUCUGGUUGCAUGUAUGGCAUUGCUAACCUAUAUUUUGUAAACUUUGGUUUAUUUUAUGUGGUAUUUGUACUAACAUUGCAUGGCAAAUGAAGAUUAUUCAACGCAUGUUAGAAUCUGUGUGGCAUUUUAAUUUUGCAUAUGACCAGAUAGUGCCAGAACUAGUAUAAGAUGUCAGGCUUUUCAUCCAGAAUCCAAGCUUCUGUGUUUUUGGGGGGAAUUGGAGAAGACCAUACACUUCUAAUUAUCUUAACCAGAGCAUUAGUGAAUCUUGCAAUGUAAUAGUUUUCUACAAACCCUACAUGUAGGACGUUAGGGUAAAAAAUAAUAUCCAUAUAUUCUAAAAUUGUUGCUAACCCUGUGCAUACUUGCACACUAUGAAAAAUAAUAUCAAAUGCCAUUUAGAAAUGUUCAUGUGCAGAUGAACAUGUGCAGUACUUAGGUAAAUGUACAGUACCGUAGGAGUGUCGAGGACCAUUUAAAAAAAAAUUGUGUACACAAUGUUCCUCAAGUUUACAUAACAGUAGAACUUGUUCACAAAGUACAAAGUCCUUCGUACAGUACAUGUACACGUACAUGUACAUGUGUAGGCCCUUCAUGUACAUGU